GUUAGAAAAUCAGAGAAAGCGAAAGAUUGUAAAACUAUUAAGAAACUUAAAUUGAAAUUAGAAAAGAAACAAAAGGGUGAGAAAGCAACUAAAUUGCUUAUAGUUCAAUGUAAGAGUAUCAUGCUGGUGAAAAGAGUAAUAACUACAAUCUUUAAAGAUGGUAUAGUAAUGAAAGUCAAUCAAAGAAAUACAGUACCUGACGUGAAUAGUAUCAUGAGUAACAUGAGUAACUCUUCUAAUAAUAAAGGAUUUGUCAAUGAUAUUCCAUCUCAUGAUAAAUAUACUAGGAUUCUAAGAUUAGAGAAUGGUUCAUAUUUUAUAAUCAUAAUAACAGUUAUAUUUGAAAAAGAUAAGAGGUAA